UUCCUAUCCAUCCUUGCGUCAUUGUUUUGAAUGGAGCAUCCUCCCGGCUUGCAUUACCUUCUGUCGGAGGAGAAGUGGGGGGAUUCGGUGGGGGCUUGUGGAGGCGUGUGCUGCACCGACCAAUCGGAGCUCCCGUCGGCAGCCGGACCGCACAUGUUUACAGGCAGCAUUCCGCCGGUAGAGGCUCUGCUCGGCCGGAGCUAACCGCGGACUGGAGCUCGCAGUAGCCGGAGCUGGAGUCACCUAACGGUCUUCUUUCCGACCGUGUUCAUCAUCUACGGCGCGGCUGGCGGCGUGUGCGGCCGAGAGAAGCGAAACAGCUCGACGCGUUCGCUUCCGCUCUCGGACGUCCGAGCCGUUUAUCCGCACAAAAGGCGCCAUUUUGUAAAAUCGUGUACAAAUGUCAUCUCGGUUCACGGAAGGGGCCGCUCGUCCGCGUUUUCCCGCCGCCCGCUCAGCUCGCAGGGAGCAGUGGGGAAAACAAACAGGUCGAACGGAGGAGGAUUGGUAGCCGGUUGGAUGUGGAGGUUGUUUAGCGGCGAAUGAAUCGGUGUUUUGCGGGCGCUAAUUCCAAAGUUUCCCGGUCCGUUUUUUUUUUCGGUGCUUUCGAAUGCGGUGCAUUUGGGACGCUGUUCGGAGUUUUUGCGCCUUUCCGAGUAUGUUGCCGCUUUCUAACAUUUUAUCAGGGCUGUUGGAGCGCGUAGUCUACCCGCUGCGGUUUUGUGUUUUUCACGACGUUGUUUACCGGCUAUAAUUCGACGGUUAGCGAUCCAAAUCCACCGGUUCGCCGGCUCUUGAGUUCAGCGAGACACCCCCCAGACAUGCAUACGAGGCGUUUGGUGAAGCGCUCGAUCCUCGGCAGCCGCGUUUAUGCGCCGAGUCCGACGGGGGACGGUGCCCCGGUGACAGGAGUGGUCCAGGCUGUCAAGCAGGAAAACAGAGACGUCUCGGCCGCGGGAGCUCGGCGCAGCGUCUACACCGUGCUCAUGCAGGACGGGAGCCUCAAGGAGUUCUCCGAGGAGGAGAUAGCCGCCGGGAUCAACCACACCGCAGCCAAAGGACCGCUCAAGUCCAGCUUGAAGCACAGCUCCAGUAACGGAGCUCCAGAGAGCCAGAAGGUGGAGGGUGGCUCCCUCAGCCCGGAGGUAGUGGAGGAGCAGCGGGUGGCGGACGGCAAACGUGGUGGCCGGGACCCCGACACCCGAUCAGUGUCCCUGCUGGAGCAGAAACGCAAAGUGGUCUCCUCCAGCAUCGAUGUCCCGCAUGCCAGACGGUCAGAGGAGGAGGUGGACAUGGACAAGGUGACGGCUGCCAUGGUGCUGACAAGUCUCUCCACCAGCCCGCUGGUCAGGAGCCCGCCCGUCAAAGUCAACGAGGGUCUUUGCGGUUCGUGGAAGGACAACGGCUCAGCUGGCCCCUUCACCCCAUCUAGCAACAGCUCUUCAGGAGGCUACUGGAGCUGGUCUGCACCCAGCGACCAGUCCAACCCUUCUACGCCUUCUCCGCCGCUCUCCGCCGACAGCUUCAAGCCCUUCCGCGUGCCCAGUCUGGGCGGCGUGGGACCGGGCCCCGCGGGGCCAGAGGACCCCAGCAUUGACGAGCAGGACGGCAGCAGCCUGCUCUUCGAUGAGCCCAUCCCUCGCAAGCGCAAGAACUCCAUGAAGGUGAUGUUCAAGUGCCUGUGGAAGAACUGUGGCAAGGUGCUGAGUACCGCUGCUGGCAUCCAGAGACACAUCCGCACCAUCCACCUGGGGCGCAACUGUGACUCAGACUGCAGCGACGGCGAGGAGGACUUCUACUACACGGAGAUCAAGCUGAACACGGACUCGGUGGCCGACGGGCUGAGCAGCCUCUCCCCGGUGUCUCCGUCCAUCCUCUCUCCCCCUCCUCCUCCCCCGUCUCCUCUCCCUUCUCUCGGCCAGCUGCCGGACUCCCAAAGACCCCCGCAGUCGUCCGACACCAAGGAGCCUCACGGCGGCGGCACCACCCCGCUCAGCCGCUCUGCGCCCAGCGCACUCUACCUCAUCCACACGGACCACGCCUACCAGGCCACAGCUCCGGUGUCCAUCCCGUCCAGCAGCAGCAACUCGGCCGGCUCAGCCUCCACCAGCUUCACUCCCACCAACAGCUCCAGCUUCAGCAUCUCCUGGCAGUCGCCACCCGUCACCUUCACUGGGAACACGGUGUCCCCCAGUAAAAGCCAGGGCUUCGGAGAACAGCGCUCCCAGACCAUCGCCGUCCUCUCAUCCCCUCCCAGAGCUACCACCGCCCUCAGUCGGAAGGUGCGUGGCGAGGGGAAGAAGUGCCGCAAGGUGUACGGGAUGGAGAACCGCGACAUGUGGUGCACCGCCUGCCGCUGGAAAAAGGCCUGCCAGAGAUUUACCGACUGAGCGUCUCCACGCCGGCGUCAAGGCACCGCUGCCUUUCACCAGAGAUCCGGGGGGGGGCAUCGUUUUGCAUGCAUUUGGUUUUUCUUCAGCUCAAAGUCGCAACUGUCCGUUAACGCUCCGGCCCCGCCCCCCCCCCUCCAGCUCCACUGAACCAUUCCAGCUGUGGAAGGAACCAAAGGACAGCGGAGUCACCUUUUUACAUUGCCGUCCAGGAUUCCAAGUACUGCCUCGCCAUUCCCAUCGUUCCCCGUUUUGGGGGAAACUCCAGUGCAGCUAAACAGUGUAAAGAUAAAAUAGAUUUCGAAAUUUCUCCUGUUUUUUUUUUUUUUUUUUUGUUUUUUUUUUUGCAGUUUGGUUCAGUGUUGCAUCUUUCUAUGUUUUGUAAAAGCUCUGGUUUUUAAUUGGAAAGUCUUGUCAAAGAAAGGGUCCAGAACAAAGGCCAAAAGCUUUUUUUUGUGUGUUUUGUUAAAAAAAAAAAAAAAAACAACUUUUUUUUUAUCCAAAAGAAGAACGGGCCUCUUUGCUGCCGCUUCGAAGAACAUUACGAGACAAGCAUGGAGGUAAAGCUCGCAAAUGUUUUUGUUUCCUUCCAGUUGUUAAUCUCGUCUUUAUUUCUGGAGGUGAUUUUUUUUUUAUUUCACCGACAUCACAGCCUCUCCCGGUUCCUCACCUCGCUCUUUUCACUCCUGUCAUCCCCGAGGGGAAUGUACAGCAGAGCCGGGGGGGGAGAGGGCAGGCUGACACCAAGAGAGAAACGGGAGGAAGGACGGUGAAUGAUCAAUGCAAAAAAAAAAAAAAAAAAAAGAUAAAAUUUACAGUCAGGGAAAGCAGACGGACCAUGCCGGUGAUUUACCACAUAAAAACAGCAUUCUCACACACACACACACACACAUAUACACACACACACACACACAAUCAAAGCAGAAGACAGGAACUGUUUUCUAUCUCACUUUUUUAUCCAGUUGAUUCAUUUUUCUUUGUUUUAUCAGGGAUGUGAUUCAAAGAAAGCAAAAACCAGCAGCUACAAAAACUAGAGGUUCUACUAUAUACAGCACUAUCUCAAUAGCUUCUCUGUCUCAUUUCACAUGACAACUUCGCAACCAAAAACUCCUUUUAUCCUCUUUCUUGUUUUUUUGGUUAUUGUUAAGGUGCCAUGUUUACUGUCGUUGAUGCAGUUCUCUCCUUCCUUUUUAAAGAUUUUUGUUUGUUUGUUUUUGUUGGCAAAAACCAAGACUGUUUACUUACCGCCUGCUGAAGAAAAGCGUGUUAAAAGACCUUCCUGACGGCACUGGACAAGCACGAAGUCAGCAGCGAGCAGAGGCCAUAAAGAAGAAAACUAAGAUCCUGGACCACCUUCCGCAACGUACAGAGAGACACAUCGCCCUCCUCCUCAACUUUUUACACCUUCCCAAAAGGAGUUAAAAUAUCGUUUUGUUUACAUUGAUGGUCUUGUUCACCAGAGGGGGAGGCCUGGGGAAAAAAAAAACCAAAAGCGAGGCACUUGCACUGUAUGUGUGUGACGGAGCACUUGGUACAUUUGGGGUAAACGGUAGAGGGCUGAAAAUGUUCCCAUCUCACCGGCCCUCUUCAUUUACAGCCUAACGAAAACAAAUGGUUCGACCACCCAGACGGGGCUCCUUUCCUUUUUUUUUUUUUGUCUUUCUUUUUUUUUUAACCACUGUUCACUCCAAGAGUUUUUGUAGAAGGGUGGAACAAGUUACAAGCACUUGAUUAGGUCGCUCCUUUUGUUGUUUACCGCCCGGGCUCUCCCACGUGUAAACUUGUAAAGAGCAGGAUUCGGUCUAAAUAUCGCGCUCACCUUACUUGUCAUUUGAGUGUGUUCCAGCCUCGUUGGCGGGAAAACAAAUUUUAACAAAGGCCAAACGGUUUUUGCUGACGUUCACUUUGUGGCGACACACGGAGCGACUCUCUCCUGUCACCCGGGGCUGCGUUCUCCUUUUAUCACGCCGCAUUUGUGUGCACGCAUUGAUACGGAAUUGUUCAUCUCCAGACCGCCAGUGUGCUUCUGCCAUCUGCAUCAUGAGAAAACGUGUUCGCACUCACGCGCUUUUGUUUCGCAGUGCGCAGGAUGAUUUUACACCAGAACCAACACCAGCUAAUAAACUCACGCCCCCCCCCACGUUUAAUAUUCAGUACUUCCGCACAUGUAGCUCUGUCAUGUUUGCUCAGAUGUUUCUAUUUUGUCUAUUCUGUUUCUGUUCUGUUUCUUUUUCCGUCUGUUCAUCUGUUCAUGUAUAUAUGUAGCUCUUGUAUUUUUUCUCUAAGCUCCAUGUUUAUGAGCAGUUAGCUCGGGCCAUUACAUCCCGCCAACCUUACGAACGCGGCAGGUUCAGGCGCGAGGAGAUGAAGUACGGUUUGACCCGCUGGGCUACCAUUGUUUGGAAAUAUAGUUAGCCUUAAAGUCACUCUUAAAAGAAAAAAAAAAAAAAAGUGCAUUGUGCUUCUUCUCUCAUGUCAUUACAUCGAUGUUUCAGUAAGAAAUAUUUAGAUUAUCACGAGAACUGAUUUGCCAUUGUAUUAUGUGAACGUAUUAUUGUUUAAGAGAAGAUAAAUCUAUAUAUACGUAAAGAAAGAAAAAAACUUGUUGGAGUUUUAGAUUCAAAGCAAAAAAAAGACUGAUUGGGCUGUUUUAUUAUUAUUAUUAUUAUUAUUAUUAUUUUCCAUAUAUAUGAAUAUAUAAUCUGUUUCUGAAUUUAGUUUUCAUGUUCUGCUCGAGGAAAAUGUUUUGUUGCUGUUGUGACUGUCGGAGGGAGCCCUGGAAUAAUCAAGCCAAGCUUGUUAAUGCUCAUUCUCAGUGAGCGUGACCCCGCAACGCUCCCGCCCGGAGCUCCUUCACGUCACGGUGCCGCCGCCGCUAAGCGGUAGAGAAACCACAGUUGAUUAAAACCUUUAUCUUAUUUCCAAUUCUCCCCUCGCACCAGCCCACUUUCAAUUAGUGUGAUUGACAUCUCCGCGCGCGUGUUUGUGCCCGUGCCCGCGGCCACAUCACAUCUGUAUGUGAACGUGAAGGAGCCCCCGGCGAAGUAUGCAGGCUGCCACUGAAGCACGGUGCUCCUGCUCCCUCCCCCACGAGCGUUACUCUCGCUCCUCCCAAGGAGUUCCACACCUUCAUCAAACGGCCCGUGGCGUUCCCCUGUCAGGGCGCGUAGGUCGAGGAUGUUUUUUGUUGUUGUUGCUUCAGACCUCUGCGGCUAGAUGUGCUGAUGCUUCUUUUUCUUUUUUUUACUCCAUGCACUUCCCACUGCCCUUUCUCCAUCAUUGUGGUGCUUCAUGUUAGUGUUUUCCCUCCAUUGGCAUGUGGAAGAGGAAAAAAAAAAAGAAGAAAAAGCCAAUCAGAUUGUGUCCCUACAGCAGUUCUGACCAUCCAGAGGUUCUGGGACGAGACUGGAUAUUUUCAGUGGCAACAUCUCCAGGCAGCUAUUUUUUUUUUCUUUUUUUAAAAAAAAGAGAAGUUCUCUGUUUGUGCUGAUUCUUGUUCAGCAGCGUGUCGAUCAAACGGCCCGUAAGUAAGAUUCGGACAAAAAAAAUAAAUAAAUAAGCUAACGUCACAGCCUCGUCUAGGGUUGAUCCAAAUGACCUCUAAAGGAUGUCCGCUGCCAUAUCUCUCAAGCUGGUCCAUCUCCCUCGUGGUAGGUCAGUGAGGAACUCUGGGAUUUGUGGACUGCUGUAGUGACAACAUCUGGGUCCCAUUCACUGCCAAUGGCACGGAGACACUCAGCCUGGGUCUGUCUUCACAUCCUGUACACUCUGGUGCUGCGGCGGGGGGGGGGAUGGAGGCGCUAUGCUCCAAUGUUCCUCCCAUGUGUCCUCUGAUCAUAUAAACUCCAUUUUGUACACAUUGUUAUGCUGUAGAACAUGAAAAUAAAAACACCCUGCCUCAAGUCUA